GUGCAGUGCGUUUACAACGCUUUCGCAGAGAAGAAAUUACUCAAGAGUGUUAAAGAGUGCAUCCGGCGGUGUUCGCAGUGCGUUCUUCUUUCGUUGCGUGACGCAGGACGCAGCUUGUUAUCCCGGGGUCACUCUCCCGCGGCUCUCUGAAGGUGAUUGUCUCUUUUAGGACUCUAACGUCCAGCACACGUGUGUCUCCCGGCCUGACGCGGGGACCGGGCACACCCAAGCUACGCCAGCUAUUAACGGCUCAACUCUGCCUCAGCGAAAUUGUUUGAGCAUCCUGGCAGGGGUGGUUAGGCAACCCGCCGAGCAGCAAGGACUUUCAGAGUGGGGGUGAUUUUAGUCGGCGCAGCACGCAGCACGGGCAGAAGCAGACAGAAGACGGGAAAGGACAAAGCUGCAGUGCUGUUGAAGCGGUUGAAGUUUGAGCUGUCCCUUGAGGACGAAAGACACCACUUCGAAGAUGGAUAACCUGGCCCCCAUCUGUGGUGAAGGUGUUAUGAAUCUUGAAACAGAUGAUGGACCUCCCACUCUUCAAUGUCAGUCAGAGGCCUCUGGAAGAAAUGAAUCUGACACAUCUGACCCAGACAACACUCAGAAAGAUACCAAUGUCAACAGUGCAGCUCCUGUACUUUCCGUAAUGAAACUACCAGAUUUGGAUCCUGAAAAUGCUUUGCGCAGUCCACCCAAGCUUCUACCUGCUGUUGUCACAGGGAAGAGCAAAAGUGAUGAACCCAAGUCUCCUGUCAAGCCUCUUACGGGAAGUAUGAAAAACACGCCUGCAAGUUUAUCAAUAAUAGAAACUCCUGGCUUAAACGUUGGUAAAUCGACUCGAUCCACAAGGUCCUCCAUAGACCCAAGUUUUGCUGCCAAACAGAGAAGUUUUCUGAAUAAAGUUCACAAUGCACUGUCAUCGACACACUACAAUGAUAUUGAUGACACAAGCUCUUGUGGAAGUGAUCAUGACAUCAUAGCAGACAAUUAUGUAUCUGAUGACAAAUCUCCUGAGUAUGUACCAGGACUUGAAGAAAUACCCAAAAAAUUACUAAAUGGCAUGAAGAGACGGCGUGAAGAGUCUUUGAAUAAAAGCAAGCCAGUAACAGGUGUAGCCCCAGACCAUUCUGCAAGCAGUGAUCCACCCAAUGAUGUAGUCAAUGAGCCUUCUCCUAAAAAAUGGGCGCCUGCAACUGUUUUAGAUGGAAAAUUAAGGGAUGCAUAUUGCUGGUAUUGCCACCGUGAGAAUACAGAGUUGUUCUGUGCGUCUUGCCCUCGGGGGUUCCACAGCCGAUGCUUGAGGAAGCCACUCUCAUCCAAUCCUGAGGAAGAAUGGGUUUGCAUUGAGUGUGUAACUAUUUUAAGAGCAGAAAAUCAAGAGACCAGGUCAAAAGCUCUUAAAAUGCUGAGUUUAGAUCAACUCUGCAAACUUCUAUUAUAUGCUGUCAACCGUAUGAAAUCAUGUGCUGGUGCAGAGGUCUUUGAGAAUGCUGUUGACCACGAUGAGUUUCCAUUAUACAAAGACCACAUCAUCAAUCCUAUGUAUCUUUCUCUUCUAGAGAAAAACAUCAAGAAAAAGAUGUAUGGAUCAACUGAAGCCUUCAUUGGUGAUGCUACUUGGCUUCUUCACAACUGUAUAAUUUUUAAUUCAUUCCAUUCCAAACUAACUUCUGUUGCUAAAAGCAUCAUGAAACUGUGCAAACAAGAGAUGGCUGAGAUAGAAAACUGCCCAGAUUGCUAUUUCUUCGCGUAUACUGAAGAUGAAAAUUGGUUCAUCCAAGUCUGUCAAAAACCACAUCUUCUUGUUUGGGCAAAGCUCAAAGGCUUUCCAUAUUGGCCAGCCAAAGUCAUUAGAUCUAAUGCUGAUUCCUUAGACGUACGAUUCUUUGGUGCUCAUGACAGAGCCUGGGUUCCAGCACGAGAUUGUUAUUUGUACAGUCGGGAAAAUCCUAAUCUCAAUAAUCCUGCUAAACUGUCGCCUGGAAAUGUUUCUCAGAAGAAAAAGAGCUCCAAGAAUAAUUUGGAUACAUGCAUUGAGGAAGUCGAGCAGCAUAUAAAGCUAUUAAAGAAAAGAUUUACAACAUUUCAGUAUGCUUAUCAUAGAACACAUGUUAAUUUAAAAAAACUUGAUGACCAUCUGAAAUUUUUGCUACCUGAUCUCUCUGUUCCUGAUGCCAACAAUUCCAAUGUAUCUGUGCGGACAUCAAAGACACCUUUAUCUAAGCAUGGUAGCUUUGAGCUUGAAUCAGCCACUUCUGGUCCUUCAAUCAAACGAAUGAAAGCUGACAGCUCUUCAGGUCAAUCUACUACAAGUGUUGUGAAUUCGUCAGAUGCUAAUGAUCCUGCUGAAAAUGUUGAUGUUAAGGACAAUCGUGUUUCAAAAGCAUUGAAGGCUCUAAAGGAAACUCACGUCACUUCUACUCCAGUCAAGGGUGUCAUAGCCUCACCUGCUGCUGCUAACUCCUUUACAGAGAGCAGUGCUGCUGUUUGCAUGGAAAAUGGCGCUUUAACUCCAAAGGAAAAUGGAACUAGUGCGUCACAAUCCAAAAUCAUUGGUGACUCUAAGACAGUUUCACAACAUACUGUUACGCCUGGUCACAGUAGCUCUUUUGUAUCACCUCUGUCUUCAUCCGAAGCCACCAGUAUAGCAGAGUUAAGAUUGAAGAAGAAGGACAUUCGCAAAAUUGGAUUGGUUGAUAGACUUCAAGAAAAACUCAACAAUAUGUUACAAAAUCAAUCUUCAAACACCCAGGAGGAUGAAUUAAAAUCACAAUUAAAUGAGUUGGAAACCGUCAGCAAUGAAGAAAAUGUUGGCCUUGGCAAAGUUGAAAAAGCUUCUACCUCAACACCAAAUCAAGAAUGUACUGAAAAUACUCUUGAAUCUGAUGAUGAAAUGUCAAGUCCGGAACGAAAAGCCUUGCUUAAUGAGGCUGUGAAGAAUAUUUUGGAUUCAUUUAAAAUGAUUGAAAAUCAACCAAAAGUGGUGCUUACUAAACUCAAUUAUGAUUUCAUAAACAAACCCACAAUCAAAAGUGAGCCAUCACCUGACAAUGAUGAGAGCUUAUCAUCAGAAAAUAAAGAUUCUGACAUCUUGCCUGGUCAGACAUCUGAUAAGACCAAGGAAACAACUCCCGAUACAAAUAUCAAAGAAGAAUGUGUGGAGGAUUGCAUAGAGGAACCAGUUGUUUCUAGAUCUGCAAAUCAUCCUAAGCCUGUGGAAGAACUCUCGAUCUCCUCAGUUGCUGUACCCAAAUCCCUGAAGUCCAAUGUUCGAUCUGGUGAGCUGAAUGUAGCAAUGGGUGAUGCAAAGCUCAAACCAGUGGCAGGGUUGGUUGUGGAAAACCCUGAGAAUAUAGUAAAGAAAAAGAAACCCAAGUCUAAGGCUGUAUCCGUGACGUUAGUGACAUCCAAUGGAAAUGGAAAUGUGACAGAGUCUCCAGUAGAUUUUGAAAGCAUCAAAGCAUCUUCUGAAUCAACACUGAAGUCUAAUGAAAACACUUCUAGUACAGUACCAAACACAAUUUUGAAAGUUGGUCAAAAUGAUUCAACAGUGACAUCCAACAAUGAGGAAACAUCUGGGACAGUACCAAAAGUGCUUUUGAAAGUUGCUCAUAAUGCUGAUGUUGAAACCUCAGGUGUGUCUGCUCCUCAAGUUUCAAAAGUUGCUUUUCAAUUUAACUCAUCCAUGAAGACAGUUAAAGUACCUUGUGCUUCAUUAGUCCCAAACAAACCAGAAACCAUCCGUGUACCGACAAAAUUCAUCACAAAGCCAAUUUGUAUUCGACCAAAGCCACAGCCUGAAAUUCCUGAACAGAAAAAAAGUCAAGGAAAUAAAUUAAUUGUCAAUGAUCGCAUGAUAUUGAUCAAAACUGACAAUACGCCUGUUUUGGGCACUUCAAAUUCAAGCCCUAACAACAGUGGUAAAGAACCCUCUGCCAAAUCUCAGUUGCCGAGCAAUGCUACUGUGCGUUUGGAGCCCUCGAAACGACUUAGUUCAGAUGAAGCCAAAUCAGACUCAGAAAAUCCAUUGGUUAUUGUUACCUCACCUGAACCAGAUGCUCCAUGUACCAAAUCCAUGGCAAAGACAACAGAUGUUACGAAGCGCAAGGGCCAAACUCAAAGUCCACCAAAGCCUGCUUCUCCAGGAAUUGGUUUAACACCCAUCCGACAGCUGGCAAAGAGCAGUCCUACAAGUUUACUGAAACCAAGAUCCUCCCCUCCCAUUGUAGAGACAUCAGACACAAGGGAAAUUAACGUCCAUGUGACAGCCUCCGAAAUAAUAGCAUCACUGAGUAAUGCUGGAAUCUCAAAAAUUGACAGUCAACACACAACAAACGCCAUUUCGAGUGUCCCAAGAACUCCUACUUUUGUAACUGUGUCAGGUGGAACAGGCAGACGUCUUCUUCCAAAAGCUGUGCCUCUAGUAGUACGAAGUCCAACCACCUCUACAAGUGCAUCACCACCUUCUGGGAACACUAUAUCAAUCAGCCCUAAAAUUACAGUGAGCCCCCUAGUGACAUCAGUCACGACAGCUGUCCCGCCUUUGGUCUCAGGAACUCUAACAAUGGAGAGUGUCUUGAAAAAAUCUCAGAUCAACACGGUGCCCAAAUUGACGGCUGCACCCUCACUCUUAAACAGAGGGAUGCCCCCUCUGUCGAUAGCCAACGUUCCCGGCUUGAAAUCUCCUGCUACCACAACCAAUGCACGCUGUAGGUUCAUCACACAGCCAACGUCUUCGGGGACUUGCAUGCCAACAUCUGAAUGUCUUUCAAGCAUGUGUGUUGGUGAAAAACCAGUUUCCCGUGAACUACACAAUCAAUCUCAGAAGAUGUCACAGAUGUUCUUAGAAUGGAUGAAAGAUUUUCUAGGUGACAUGGCUAGUUCGGGAAGUCUUGAAGCUCAAGUGAGAAGUCUUCAGCAUGACAUGGAACUUAUGCAGUGGCGACACCAACAAGAGCUGGCUGAGCUGCGACAUAACACCGAACUUGCUAUCGCAGAGGUUCGAGACCACAUGAGGAUUGAAUCCGAGCGAGCUGUCUAUCAAGCUGUAGCCAAUGCGGCAAAAGAAAAAGAAGCAGCAGUUGCUGCUGCCAAAGAAAAGCAGUGGUGUGCAUUUUGCAAGAAAGAAGCCUUGUUUUAUUGCUGUUGGAAUACGUCAUAUUGUGAUUACCAGUGCCAGCAAAACCAUUGGAGAGUGCACAGUCUCACUUGCACGCAAAACUCUUCAUACCAUGCUGAACAUUCACCAUCUUCCAGUGGAGACAACAUUCAGACUGAGCCUGCUAGCAUGGGGAGGAUUAUCAUCAAACAGAGGGAGGUGCUUUCACCUCCUCAUCUAAAGAAGCGAGGAACCCCUUCAAGAAUGAGUAACUAAAUACUAUGUUGUAAAAAACAAGAAGAUGAUAACAAUGCUCUCUGUGAGAACGUGGAGUUCGUACAUUAUAUUGACUCAUGCCAAGACACUAUGUGUGGUUCCUGCACAGUAUUACUUGUAACUUUGCUAAAUGCAGUUUAUGCAUAUUUUUAUUAUUAUGUGGUGACUGACCACAGCUACUAACUAUAAUGAAAUUGAAGAGAGACAAGUUCCUCUAUGUUGUGGGAAAGAAGUAAUUAAGCCACUUGUAUUAUAAAUUUUUUGGAAAAUGUCUGGUUGGUAUUUAGUACUGUACCUUGAUAACUAAGACUUAUAAUUGGAACUAUUUCUAUAAACCACAAUUAAUGAGACCGAAUGAUUUGAUUUUAGUGAUAUUUAAGUUUUUCUUGUAAAUGUUUUGCCCUGUGAUACCUUUAUUUUUGAAUUUGAUGUGCUCAAAUACCAGUGUACAUUUUACUAUAGGAAUUGCACAUAUAUAGCCUUAUUUUCAGGCUGCUGACACUUGAAAUGAUGAUGGUUUCAUCAUUUUAAGUACUUGUUUGUGAGAGUUUUGUAUUUAUUUUUCACUCAGUUUUUGAUUGGUGUCUUUGAGGAAAAGAUACUUCUUUCAUUAAAAUUAGAAGGCUAUGCGAACAUGUGAUUUAUCUCUCAUAUUGAUAAAAUAUUUUGAAUUAACUUAGUUAGUUUGUGCUGUCCUAAUUUUCUCUUGUCUGUCAAAAUUACAUAGCUUUCAUUCCCCGUAAGCUAAUGAAAAAGACUGACUAUGUUUUUCUGGUCUGUCCAUGUACUAGUGUGUGGCACUUAUGUACUUAGUUGUUAAGUUUCCUGUAAUUUACUAUUUUUAUUUUAUCUUACUGCUAAGCACGAAUUUCACUUUGCCUUCCGUGUACAAAUCUAUGGUAAUGUUUCUUCUGCCCAUUUGCUGUUCUAUACCCUGUCAUGCCAUUUCCUAGUGCAAGGUUUAGUGGCAUCAAUAAGACCUAAGACUCGUGUUUUGUUACUGAAAAGCAAUAAAGAAAACUACUGUAUUUACAAAGAUGA